AUGUCGGCGGCUCAGACCCAGAAGGAGGGCAGCGAGGCGGGCUGGGGCUGCCUGGAGUCUCUGGGUCUCAGCCAGAAGGAGCUGGUUCUGGCUGAAGCUCUGCAGAUGGAGUACGACGCUCUGUCCAGACUCAAGCAGGACCAGACCGGCACCCGAGCCACGGACCGGCCCCGCCCCGCAGGAGGAGGCCUGCUGGGGGAGCUCUCUGGAUCGGACCCCUCCCUGAACCAGCCUGGAGGGUCCCAGUCUCCGUGCCCCCCCCCCACCAGGGCGGCCCCCCCUCAGGGAGGCUUCAAAGACUCUCUGUACAUCCUGGGGGACUCUGGCGGACCGAAAGCCUUCCCUUCUCUUCCAGACGACACCCCCCCCGCCCUCCCCCCCAGACAGCCCCUCCCCCCCCCCGGGGCCGGAGACCCCCCCCUUCUUGCCCCCCCGGGGUCCACCAUGCCCCGCGACGUCAACCUGUUCACGCCCGACGUGGACCGGCCCAAAGUGGGCUCUGGGGAGCUGAACUACGACAACAUCAACGACUCGCUGUCCCGCCUCAACGGGGGGGGGCAGCCGGGGCCGCGGGGGCGCCGGGUCAACGGGGACCAAUCAGGGAAGCCUGUGGCUCGCAGUAAGACCCUCCCCCCUCAGGUGCCCCCCAGGACCUACAUGCCGGGACCCAAGAGCAACAAGAACCAGCGGAGGGUUUCUGCAGACCCGGUGGCGCUGGGCUCCAGGAUGAACGGGUUCGGAUACGAAUUGUUCCAAGUUUCUGAGGAAAGAGACGAAGAGGUGGCUGCUUUCUGUCACAUGCUGGAUGUCCUCCGCUCAGCGUACCCUCACAGCGACCAGGGGAAGAACACCGGCUUCGUGUGGUCGGCGUCUGUCGGCCAUGACGAGCUGCACCAGGCGCUCGGAGUCAGCGUGAAGGUGACCGUCAUCAGCCAGCACUUCAGAGAGCCGCUCACCUUCACCUGCGAUGGGUCCUCCACGGUGGACCUGCUGAUCUACCAGACUCUGUGUUACGCUCAGGAAGACCUGGACCACCUGGAUGUGGAUCAGUACCUGCUGAAGGUCUGCGGACACGACGAGUAUCUGCACAACUCUCAGACUCUUGCAGGUCUUGAGUUUGUUCAACAGUGUCUGAAGUUCGACUGGGACGUCAAACUGUUUCUCACCAAGAGAUCCGACAUCAACACAGAGCUGUCCCGCACGAAAGACGAUGAUGACACGGCUUCCUCCAUGAACCACAGCAUCCUGCUGCAGGAGCGUCCAAUCAAACAGACCGUCACCAGAGAGGCUCUGACUCUGCUGCUCGACACCUUCCACAACGAGGCCGAGUCCUUCCUCGUGUCUGAGGUGGAGCUGUCGCUGCACGUGGAGCGUCUCGUCCAAUCAGUGAAGGCGCUCUGCAGCUCGUUGGCUGCCGUGGAAACGCCGGACGUAACGUCGGCUCUCAGCCAACUCCCAGCAUGCCCCUGCCGCCUGCAGCCCAAAGUCCUCAAGGAUGCUUCACUGCUGUCCGUCAGAGAGAACAGAGAGAAGGUGGUGGAGAGGUUGACGGCGGCCAUCUUGGAUCUGGUGGAGCUGUACUGCUGCACCUUUAAUGCAAACUUCCACCCGACUCCUCAGAGCCUCAGCUGCUCUGCUCCUGUUCAGGAAGCCGGACUCAUCAACAACGUCCUGUCAUUCAGUGUGUAUGCUGCUCACCGCAUCCCCAUCACCUGGGCAGCAAGCUAUGAAGGCUUCUUCCUGUCCUGCUCUCUGACUCAUGGAGGGGCGGAGCUCUGCGCUCCGCAGCACACCAGCAAACAGUCCGUCAGCAAAUACCUGUUUCACCUGGUGGUCUGGGACCAGAGAGUGUGUUUCCCGGUGCAGAUCAAUCAGCUCCCUCGUGAGUCUCAGCUGACGGUGACUCUGUACGCGAGCUCUCUGCCGCCUCCUGGAGGAGCGGAGGAGAAGGGGAAGCAGCGGCGGAGCAUCGAGGCGCUCGGCUGGGUCACUAUGCCUCUGUUCAACUUCAGACAUGUGCUGACGUGUGGCAGGAAGUUGCUGGGUCUCUGGCCGUCCACGCCGGGCCGGACAGGAAACGCUCGCUCCAGCUCUCCGAACUUCAGCCAACCGGACAGCGUCAUCCUGCAGGUGAGGCUGACGGCGGAGGACAAGCGUCUGCUGUGGGAGAAGAAGGCGUUCUGUCAGGCGGAGCGAGCAGCGCUGCCUCUGGUGCUCGCCAGCGCCCCCUGCUGGCAGUGGGCCUGUCUGCCCGACAUCUACGCUCUGCUGAGACAGUGGUGCUGCCUGGAACACCUGGACGCCCUGGGCCUGCUGCACGCCUCGUUCCCGGACCAGGAGCUGAGGAGGACGGCUGUCCAAUGGAUGGACUCCAUCUCAGAGCCGGAGCUGCUGGACUUCCUGCCGCAGCUGGUCCAGGCUCUGAAGUACGAGUGUUACCUGGACAGCUCUCUGGUUCGCUUCCUGUUACGCAGAGCCAUCGGAGACGUUCGCAUCGCUCACUACCUGUUCUGGUUAUUGAAGGAUAACCUGCAGGACAGCCAGUUCAGCGCUCGCUAUCAGCACCUGCUGGCGGCUCUGCUGUGCUGCGCCGGUCGAGGUCUGCGGGACGAGUUCGACCGCCAGUGUUGGCUCGUCUCUGUUCUGGCUAAAGUGGCUCAGAAGGUCCGAGACGCCCCCCCCUCCAGCAGACAGUCUGUCCUCAGAGACGGUCUGGACGAGAUGAAGCAGUUCUUCUCGGUGAACAGCAGCUGCAGACUUCCUCUGAAUCCGGCGAUGCUGGUCCAAGGAAUCAACAUCCAGUCUUGCUCGUUCUACAACUCCAACGCGGUUCCUCUCAAACUAUCCUUCAAAAACCUCGAUCCGCUGGGAGACAACAUCAACGUCAUCUUCAAGUCGGGGGACGACCUGCGGCAGGACAUGCUGACUCUGCAGAUAAUCCGCAUCAUGAACCAGAUCUGGAUCCAGGAGGGUUUGGACAUGAGGAUGGUGAUCUUCAAAUGUUUCUCCACCGGCCGAGGACGAGGUAUGGUGGAGAUGAUCCCGCAGGCCGACACGCUGAGGAGGAUCCAGGUGGAGCACGGAGUCACCGGAUCCUUCAAAGACCGGCCGCUCGCUGAUUGGCUGCAGAAACACAACCCUACCGACGAGCAGUACGACAAGGCGGUGGAGAACUUCAUCUACUCGUGUGCCGGCUGCUGCGUAGCGACGUAUAUUUUGGGGAUCUGCGACCGACACAACGACAACAUCAUGCUGAAGACGAGCGGUCACAUGUUCCACAUCGACUUCGGGAAGUUCCUCGGACACGCGCAGAUGUUCGGAAACAUCAAGCGAGACCGCGCCCCCUUCGUCUUCACCUCGGACAUGGCCUACGUCAUCAACGGAGGAGACAAACCGUCCAGCCGCUUCCACGACUUCGUGGAUCUGUGCUGCGAGGCGUACAACCUGAUCAGGAAACACACACACCUGUUCCUCAACCUGCUGGGCCUGAUGUUGUCCUGUGGGAUCCCUGAACUCUCUGAUCUGGAUGAUCUGAAGUACGUCUACGACGCUCUGAGACCUCAUGAAUCUGAAGCUGAUGCCACCAUGUACUUCACCAGGCUGAUAGAGUCCAGUCUCGGGAGUGUUGCCACCAAACUGAACUUCUUCAUCCAUAAUCUGGCUCAGAUGAAGUUUGCGUCGUCGGAGGAUCGUCCCACGCUGUCCUUCGCUCCCAGAGUUCACACAGCGAGGAGCGACGGCCUCAUCAGGAGCCUUUACAUCUGCAGACACGUCCGCUCCGCUAACAAAGGAUACGCCUUCGUAGUGAAGGUGGAGCGUGAAGGCCAACUGGAGUCGCAGCUGGUUCAGAGAACGUUUGAAGAGUUUCAUGAACUGCACAGUAAACUGAGACUGAUGUUCCCUUCAUCUAAACUCCCCAGCUUCCCGAGCCGCUUUGUGAUUGGCCGGUCUCGCGGCGAGGCGACGGCCGACCGCAGGAAGGACGAGCUGAACGGUUACGUCUGGCACCUGAUCCACGCCGACCCCGAGGUCGCUCAGUGCGACCUCGUUUAUACGUUCUUCCAUCCGCUGCCCAGAGACGACAAGACAGGAAGUACACCUGGAAAACCAGCAGAGAUCUCGUGGUCUCCAGUCUCAGUUUCGGGGAAAGAGCUCGGUGAAGUCAAACUGUCCAUCUGCUACAAGAACGACAAACUGUUCAUCAUGGUGAUGCACAUCAGAGGCCUGCAGCCCCUGCAGGAUGGGACUGACCCUGAUCCGUAUGUGAAGCUUUAUCUUCUUCCUGAUCCACAAAAAACCAGCAAGAGGAAAACGAAGGCGGCGCGACGAACCUGCAACCCCACGUACAACGAGAUGCUGGUGUACGAGCGGAUCCCUCGGGGGGACCUGGACCAGAGGGUGAUCCACCUGCGUGUUCUGGGUGACGGAGCGUUCUGGGAGAACACGCUGCUGGGAGAAACCUUCAUCGCCCUGAAGACGCUGAUCCCUGGUCAGCACUGGGUGGACUGGCACCAGCUGGGGGCCGCGGGGGCCGCAGAGCCCCCCCACUGACACACACACACUGAC